UCAUACAUUGUCCCAUCCCUUCUGUGUAAUGACACGGGGGGUCUGAAGCCCAGGAACUCUAAGCAAACGCGCUUAGCAGACCCCAAGGAGUGGCCCCAUCGUUCUUCCUUGCAACCUCCCUGCAACAUGAAUCGCAAGGACAGCAAAAGAAAAUCUCGCCUGGAGUCUACAAGUCAAACUAUUAACAGUAAUGGAGUCAUCCUCCCUGCUAAGGGUCGGCCUAGUCAUAGUCGGAGGAGGAGAAGGAUGACUUGUCCAAGCCCUGCCGAGAUUAACAAGGCUCUUGGGUAUGUCACACUGGAGCAACUGGGAAAGAGCUGCAGCCUGGAAGAACUGCUGGAGAAAUGCAUACAGUCAUUUGAUAUGGACGGAAAGAUCUGGAGGAACGAAGACACCAUUCAUAUGAUCCUCGUCAUGCAUAGCUGGGUGGUGCCAUCUGCCGAAUUUGCACGGAAGCUUCUUCAACUUUACAGGGAAGCUGCUCAAAACCACCGAAGAAUGCAGGUCUGCCAUUUCCUCAGGUUCUGGGUGAAUCAAUAUCCAGAGGUGUUUCGUCUGAACACUGAACUAGAAGAGCUGAUGGGUGAUUUUUGGGAAGUGGUAAAGAACAAAAGAAGGUCAAGUGAUCAGCAACAAAGUAUCGACAGCUCAUGCUUUAGUGACCAAGAAAUCACCAAACCAUUUCCAGAGUCUCCGAGCUUCAACAAAAAGAGAAAAGUCUCGCUCCUCUUUGAUCACCUGGAGCCAUCAGAACUUGCAGAUCAUCUCAGCUACCUGGAAUUUAAAUGUUUCUGCAGGAUAUCGCAUUUAGACUAUCAAAGCUACACUUUACAUAAUCCUCUAAGGGAAAUUCCUCGAUUGGAGAGAUCAGUCAAUUUGUGCAACAGUAUUUCUCAGUGGGUUCAACUCAUGAUCCUCAACCGCCCUACUCCACAGCAGAGGGCAGAAGUGUUUACCAAGUUCAUUCAGGUGACACAGAAACUCCGCAAACGACAGAACUUCAAUACCCUGAUGGCAGUGAUUGGAGGACUAUGUCACAGUGCAAUCUCCAGACUGAAAGAGACCCACAGUUACCUGUCCCACGACAUAUUGAAAACCCUCAGCGAGAUGACUGAGCUCCUAUCCUCGAGCAGUAACUACAGUACAUAUCGGAGGGUAUACAAUGAAUGUGGGGGGUUUAAAAUUCCCAUUCUUGGGGUGCAGCUAAAGGACUUGGUGUCGCUGAACGAAGCUCUGCCUGAUUACUUGGAGAACGGGAAAAUCAAUGUCUGCAAACUACAGAGUCUCUACCAACAUAUCCUGGAAUUACGGCAGCUGCAGAAAGCUAGUCCGCCAUUCAAAGCUAACAAGGAUGUGAUACUGCUGCUUACUACAUCUUUGGACACGUUCUAUACAGAAGAUGAGAUUUACUCCUUAUCCUACACACGGGAGCCACGCAGUUCCAAAUCAAUGUCUACCACUCCUAUUAAGCCCCCAGAAGAGAAUCCAGACUGGACCCCAGUAGAAUCUUUACAACUGGACCCUCAGAGCCUCAGCCGCAGUGUAGAGCAAAUGGUGAAGUCUGUCUUCCAGUUCUAUGAUCCAGAUCAAAGAGGCUUAAUAUCUCGGGAAGACUUUGAAAAAGUGGUUUCCAGUCUGCCCUUCUCUUGUCACAUUCUGGAAAAAGACAGAGAGGGACCUGUCAACCAUCAGGAGAUGACUUCAUAUUUUAUGAAAGCCAGUCAAGUGUGCUCCAGACUAGGACUUCCCUUUUUGCAAAGUCUGCUGGAGAUACGUCUGAAGGAAACUCCGCUCUGUGCCAACUGUAUUUGGAGUGUGGCCAAGCAAGGCUACGUGUCUGCAGGACUGCGCAAGGAUGCUAUGGAGAAUUGGCCUACUAGUCAGAAAAGUCUGGAAAGAAUAGAUCAAUGUCAAAAACCUCAUCUGACAGACGGGCUCCAGGGAUCUGCGGGGCCUGUGGCAGCAGGUCCUUCAUAUAUGAAAUCUUACUGUGGAGACGGGUGCAAGAGAUCAGAAACCUUACUGAAGAAGCUAGAAGAAGCAAAGGAGGAGAGGAAGCGGCUGUUGAUGGAGAACGCCGGCCUGCACUGCACCAACUCACAGCUGGCAGCGGAGAACGCCAACCUACACAACCAGCUGUGUGUAUUACAAGACGAGGUCCAGACACUGAGCAAAGACUCCAAGAUGAAACCUGCGCUCACCCAAAUCCUCCAGACCCUCAAGGCAUUAAAAAUACAAAGCGGCACAAACCCAUGACUAACGCCACCGAAGGGACUGAGCCCAUCUUGUAAAAUACGCUCUGUGGACAUAACUGAGCCCUCAACUGUACGAUGUGAUACCUCUGACAUAACACUCAAGGCAACAUGGUUCCAUGCAAGUUAGGGCUCAUGCACACAAACAGGUCCGUAUGCAGAACCAUUCACUUCAAUGGGGCUUGAAAAAAAAAAAAAAACGGAAAUGACUCCAUGUGCAUUCUGUGUCCAUUCGCAAAAAAAAAUAAAAUAGAACAUGUCCUAUUCUUGUCGGGACAAGGACAGGUAUUGUUAUACUGGAUCCGCCACAAAAACAGAUGCAACACGGAAAUCAUCUGUUUCUUUUUGUUUUGGUUUGUUUUGGUUGUGUGCGUGAGCCCUUAGAAAUACCCCAUUGAGGCUUCAGUAUUUUGUUUCAUAGUAGGAAAUUCUGAGUUCAGAGGGGAGGGGGGUCUCCAAUCCUGGACCUUCAUCUAGGACAGGGAUCAGCAACCUUUGGCACUCCAGCUGCUGUAAAACUACAACUCCCAGCAUGCACACUUACUCAGCUUUUCGUGUAACUCCCAUAGAAGUGUAAAGAGGAUUCUGGGAGUUGUAGUUUAAGAACAGCUGGAGUGCCGGAGGUUGCUGAUCCCUGAUCUAGGAGAACAAAGUGUUUCUCUCUGGAGGACCUGUGAAGUCCGUGCAUUACAUGGACAGCCCACUGAUUUCUAUGGGACUGUGCAAUGUUUUAUUUCACCUGUGGAGGCGCUGUAGAGGAAAUUAAACACUUGCUUUCUGGUUCCCCCAGAGAUUACAGCUGAUGGCCGGAGGUGCCAUCAUAAGCUUAUUUUUCAGGGGACCGGUCUAAGGCCUCGUUCACAUUUUCAUGUCUGUUUGACGUCCACGAUAAAAAUCCUACCAUGUUUCAUUUGUGAAGGAUCCGCUUUUGGUCCGUUUGCCGUCCGUAGUCCACAGACUCUGCUAGGCUUAAUUUCCAGAGCAAGAACGUUAUCGAGGGGUUGUCCACUUCAAAAAAGUAUUUUCUCUCAGACUUGAAUAAUUAAAGGAGUGAAGCUCACAGUUCUGCCUUAAAGGGGCACUCCGACCAAAUACAGAUGGUUGCACUGGGAUACAAAUAGUGAAAAAAGUAACAGCACUUUGACUCCCGGUAUCCUAGCCCUGGUUCCUGCUCCGCUCCACUUUCUGAUUCUAUCCCGACACGACAGGAAGUGACUGUGGAUGACACUGAGCCAAUCACAGGCUACAGCGAUGACCCGCCUCACCCAGCGAUUGGCUGAGCGGUAUUCCCAGCCGCAUCCUGAUGCCAGCAGGAAGUAGAGCGCAGAGAGGUCAGGAUGGCAGCGGAUCAGUCAGACGGGCAGAAGCGGAGUUCUUUUAUUUACACCUUUCCCAUCUUACUGCAAACCUUCAUUUGGCUGGAAUACCUCUUUUAAAAAAAAAAAAAAAAAAAAAAGUGUAUCUAGUCAAGAAGGGGUGGAGAACGGUGUAAUACAUUAGGUGAAAUAUUUCUUUUGAUUUGUUAUUAUAUGUGAUAAAGAAGAUAUUGGAUUUAAAAGGAUAAAAAAAAAUUGUUGAUAAAAGGUUUUCUCAAUA